CUACACAAUGGCAGCUAAAAAAUUAGAUGCCAUCAUUUUUGGUGCCACCGGAUUCACCGGCAAAUACACGGUCCUGGAGGCUGUGUCCGUUCUGAAGGGACUGAACUGGGGUAUCGCCGGGCGUAGCCAGGAAAAACUGCAGUCCGUACUUAAGGAAAUGAGUGCAAAGUCCAAAACAGAUCUGUCGCAAACACCCAUCAUCAUCGCCGAUGUGAACAAUGAGGCAUCACUUAUUGAAAUGGCUAAGCGUUGCCGCAUUGUCGUGAACACUGCUGGCCCAUACCGAUUUUUCGGUGAAAAUGUGGUCAAAGCCUGCAUCGAGGCAGGCGCACAUCACGUUGACGUUAGCGGGGAGCCUCAAUAUAUGGAAACCAUGCAGCUGAAGUACAACGAUCGGGCCAGGGAGCGUGGAGUAUACGUAAUCAGUGCCUGUGGAUUUGACUCCAUUCCCGCCGACAUGGGAGUCGUCUUUAUAGAGAAGAACUUUGACGGAGUAAUUAACUCGGUGGAGAAUUUCGUCCAUUUAGGAGUCAAGGGCGGUACAAAAGGCCUGGGCGGCGCUGCUCUUAACACUGGCACAUGGGAGAGUGCCAUUCACGCCAUCGCGAACAGGAGUGAGUCAAUCGCGAUACGCAGAAAGCUUUUCCCCGAUCGUCUGCCCAAAUUUCAUCCUGCGCUGAAGUCACGUGCUCCACUUUCCAUUGCUGAGGAUGUGGGUAAAGUAAUCCUGCCCUUCCCGGAGACGGAUCGAUCUGUGGUGAUGCGAUCACAGCGCUACCUGUACGAGACUGAGAAGAAACGUCCUAUCCAGAUGCAAGCCUAUAUGACGUAUCCCUCGCGGUUAGUUGCUGGCGUGGUUGUCUUCUUUGCUUCUAUUAUCGGAAUUAUGGCCCAGUUUUCCUUUGGACGUCAGCUCCUGCUCAAGUAUCCCAGCUUCUUUUCCGGCGGUAUGGCGUCUCGGGACGGUCCGAGCGAAGCGCGCAUGGAGCGUUCGUUCUUCAGCAUGACAAUGAAAGCCUCCGGAUGGCCCAAAUCCCAGAAGCUAGCCGAAAGUACAGACCAAUACACCUCACCACCAUCCAAGACGUUAACAGUAAAAAUAACGGGUCCUAAUCCUGGCUACGGUUCCACCUGUGUGGCCCUGUUGUCUACGGCAAAGACCAUCUUGAACGAGAGCGAUAAGAUGCCCAGCACAGGAGGAGUUCUGCCCCCGGGAGCCGCCUUUUCCAAGACCAGCCUCAUCAGCGAGUUGGAGAAGCACGAACAUGGUAUUAAGUACGAGAUUGUAGCCAACAAGUAAAUUUUGUACUUAUAUGUAAUAUAUGUAUAUAUAAAAGCGGGAAUUAAAUAAACAACAGCAACAAA